AUGGUGCUGGUGGCCUGCGACUCCUUGGAUGGACGCUUGACAUUUUAUCCAGGAAAUCAGACUGUGAAAUUGCCUUUCAUAAAUUUUAUGAAAAGAUAUGGCACUGUCUUCCUCAAUGCCUAUACGAAUUCUCCAAUUUGUUGUCCUUCACGGGCAGCUAUGUGGAGUGGUCUUUUCACUCAUUUAACAGAAUCUUGGAAUAACUUCAAAGGUCUAAAUCCAGAUUACGUAACGUGGAUGGAUCUCAUGGAGAAGCAUGGAUACCGCACCCAGAAGUAUGGGAAACUGGACUACACCUCUGGACAUCAUUCAGUAAGUAACCGUGUGGAAGCUUGGACUAGGGAUGUUGACUUUCUGCUCCGGCAAGAAGGCAGACCCAUGGUGAAUCUUACUGGUGAUAUGAAGCAUGUGAGAGUGAUGGAAAAAGACUGGCAGAAUACUGAUAAAGCAGUGAAUUGGAUAAAGGAAGAAGCCAUUAACCUUACUCAGCCAUUUGUUCUUUACUUGGGACUAAAUUUGCCACACCCAUAUCCAUCUCCCUAUGCGGGAGAAAAUUUUGGAGCCUCUACAUUUUUAACAUCUCCCUAUUGGCUUGAAAAGGUAACUUACGAAGCUAUUAAAAUUCCCAAGUGGUCUUCUCUUUCAGAGAUGCAUCCGGUAGACUAUUACUCAUCUUACACCAAGAACUGCACAGGGGAGUUUACAAAGCAAGAAGUGAGAAAUAUUAGAGCAUUUUAUUAUGCCAUGUGUGCAGAAACAGAUGCCAUGCUAGGUGAGAUUAUUUCAGCUCUAAGAGAUACUGGGCUUCUCAAAGACACAAUAGUUAUAUUCACUGCAGAUCAUGGAGAACUUGCUAUGGAGCACCGACAGUUCUAUAAAAUGAGCAUGUAUGAAGGAAGUUCCCAUGUUCCUCUUUUAGUUAUGGGGCCAGGUGUAAAACAGCAGCAGCAAAUACCAAAUUUGGUGUCUCUCGUGGAUAUAUAUCCUACUAUGCUUGACAUUGCGAGAAUUCCUGCCCCACAGAACCUCAGUGGAUAUUCUCUUAUACCACUGCUACAUGGAAAAGCUGAAAACGAAGUGUCCCCUCGAAGGCCUCGUCCCUCGUGGGUGCUGAGUGAGUUCCACGGGUGCAAUGUGAAUUCUUCCACAUACAUGCUUCGAACGGGCAAGUGGAAAUACAUUGCCUACUCCGACGGCCGUUCAGUGCUUCCACAACUGUUUGACCUUUCUGACGACCCAGACGAGCUAACAAACGUUGCUAUAAAAUUCCCAGUAAUUGCACAUUCCUUGGACAAAAUGCUCCGCUCUGUAGUAGACUACCCAAAGGUUUCUUCUUCUGUUCACGAGUAUAACAAAAAGCAGUUUAUCAGUUGGAAAGAAAGUUUGGGUCAGAAUUACUCUGAUGUUAUUGCCAACCUUAGGUGGCAUCAAGACUGGUUAAAGGAACCAAAAAAAUAUGAGAAUGCGAUUGACAAGUGGCUUAGUCAAAGGCUGCGACAAAAAAAGAAGUUUUGGAAGAAGCUUCUUACGAUUGUGCAAAGCAGCCUGGUGCACGGGAGCAGGUUUCCAGGUAACGUAAGAAACCCCGGGAACGUGCUGGUUCGCAGAGCGGAGGUGGAAUGUCAGGAGUUGGAG